AUUUGGAGAUUUUUCAGGUAUCUUUUUGUUACUGAUUUUAAUUUAAUUAUUUUGGGAUUGAAGACGGUUUUUUAUCGUUUGAGGCUUAUUUUACAGCACAGCAUAUGAUCUCUCAGCAAAUAUCUCACAUGCACUUGAAAAUAACGUGUGACCUUGAGGAGGUCGUGGACUUAACUCUGAAUUUGAGGUUCCUUGUCUGAGGGGCACCCUUUGUCUUCCCGGUUAGAAACAUGCAGCCGGGGGCUUUGAGAUGUGGGUAGUUUUUGGUUCUGAGGGUGACAUACCCUACAUCCUGAUCUUGCAGAUGGCAUGCGAGGCAGAGCACCGUCCCUUGGGUGUGUUUGAGUGCCAGCUCUGUGCCUUGACAGCUCCAUACAGCUAUGUGGGGCAGAAGCCCCCCAACACCCAGUCUGUCAUCCUCCUGGAAGAGAGCUACGUCAUGAAGGACCCCUUCACUCCAGACAAGGACAGGUUCCUGAUCCUCGGCUCUAGGUGCAGCAUCUGCAGCCGGCUGGUGUGUGUGGGCCCGGAAUGCAGCCUGUUCUACUCCAAGAGGUUCUGCCUCCCUUGUGUCCAGGAGAACGUCCAUGCCUUCCCUCAGGAGAUCCAGCAAGACUUGGAAAAGAGAAAAAUUCCAUCAAAGAGGCCCGCCGGCCAUCCCGGCUCUCAAACCUGAGUGCAGCCCCUGUAGCCUGGGUCCGGGGCGGGGCUGAGCUGAGAGCAGCUGUGUGGCCUUGUUUCUGGGCCGCCUGGAGCAGUGGCUGGAGCUCGAGGGAGAUGGAGUCCCACCUGCAGCGGCGACAGGGCUGGCAGCCACACAGAGGAGGCACCUUGUGAACCCAGCCCAGAGCUCCAGAGCUCUGCUCCGUGCUGGGCUCCCGCAGGAGCCCAGGGAAGCCAAGGCCCGGCCUGCUGGCCCCCUCACCUGGACGGGCUGGGCCUCCACCCUUCCUGCAGGGUCAUCCCAGGCUGUUUGCUGCUCACACUUCGCCAGGCCUGGAGGGCUCAGUGUGCCCUUCGUAUGAUAGAUCAGAUCCAGGAGUUGUCUCCACGCGUCACCUGCUCUGCCGGGCACUGUGGACUCAGCAGUGCAGGGGCAAAGGCCUGCUGUCUUGGAGCUGCCCCAGUGUGGGGAGACCCCUUAGUCACGGGGUCAGGAUGUUGCGUGCUGGUGCUUCCAGCCUCUCUUCCCUCUGGCUCCUGUUCCGGCCCCAGGCCCAGCUCCAUUCCAAGAUAGAGGGACGCUCUCUGCUUCUUUCCCUCAGCCCCGUGCCUCAGAGCCAUUCUGUUGCUUGCCUGCCCCUCUCCACGGCAGACUCAGUCCUCGGUGCCUGUGAAGCCCACCCCACACCAGCCGACGUCCGUGGCUCCCCCAGGGCUCCCGUCUUCACAGCCCCAGCCUCAGCGGGGGUGAUGCACCCGUGAGCUCACCUGUCUGCUGCUGCCCCGUCUCACUGUGCGUUUGCUGUGGGCCCCUCCUGGCUCGGGGUGUUAGAAACGUGAAUAAAGAGCAGUUACCGGC